AUGCUUCGCCGCAUCGCGCCGCCGCUCGCAGCAGGUACCCUCCCUCGCGUCAUUCGUGGCAUCUGCACCGCCGCACCGCCGCCAUCCAAACCCCCACCCGAACCGCUCUCCCGUUCCGAGCUCGACGCCAUCUCCGCGCUCCUCCCGCGGCUCCUCUCCACGGGCCACGUCCCCGCCGCGGGGUGCCUCCUCUCCGCCGCGCUCCUCCUCCCGGGCUCCCUUGAGCGCCUCCCUCUCCCGGCCCUCGCCGCGUACCUCGCCUCGCUCCCGACUCUCUCCGAGGCCUUCGCGCUCCUCACCGCGCUCCGCCACCACCCGGCCAGCCCUUCGCCGCUCCCGCUGGCGUCGCCGCUGCUCGACAGCCUCCUUUCCCAGCGCCGCGCGUGCGACGCGGCCUCCUUGCUGCGGUGGCUCUGCCGCCCGGACUCCCCGCGCCGGCCUGACGCCUCCACCUACGUCGCCGCCGUCGCGGGGCUCUGCCGCCUCGAGGACCCCUGGGGAGCUCUCUGCGCGCUCAAGGAGAUGGCCGCGGACGGGUUGCAGGCCUCGCCUGAGCUGCGGGAGGUGGUGCGGGACGCGAUGCUGCAUGAUGCCAGGAUCAAGGAGGCGUGGGUGCUGGAGGAGGCGAUGCGGCUGCCGGAGAUCGGCAAGGUUGUGGAGCUGGUGGAGAAACUUCUUUUGGAGUGGGAACCUUAA